CCCGGAUCCACAGAGCUCCAGCGCGAGCGCCACAUCAGUAAGUGGGCGUGGUUACACUGUGUCAUGUGACUUGACAGUGAACGCAGCGAUGGAGAAAAGCUAAGGAAGGAAUCUGCCCUAGCAGUGGAUUCCUCUCGACCCAGAGUGCUUGUGGAAUGGCAGCAGUUUGGCAGCAGGUUUUGGCAGUGGACGCAAGGUACAAUGCUUACCGCACGCCUACGUUCCCACAGUUCCGAACUCAGUACAUCCGCCGACGCAGCCAGCUGCUCAGAGAGAACGCCAAGUGUGGCUUUGAGCCGGGGCUGCGCAGGCAGUACCUGAGGCUGCGCAGUCAGCUGCUGGCCCUGCGCUACGGGCCCCUGUCCGAGCAGAGCAGCUUCAGGGCCAGCAGUGUGCGCAGCUCCCGCACCACACUGGACCGCAUGGAGGACUUCGAGGAGGACUCCCGUGCCCAAGGGGCUCGUGGUCACCGCCGGUCCGUCAGCAGAGGAUCCUACCAACUACAGGCCCAGAUGAACAGAGCCGUUUAUGAUGAGAGGCCUCCGGGCAGUCUGGUGCCCACCUCAGUGGCAGAGGCCAGUCGUGCCAUGGCAGGGGACACAACUUUGAGUGAAAAUUAUGCUUUUGCUGGCAUGCACCACAUAUUUGACCAACAUGUAGACUCUGCUGUUCCACGGCUGCAAUUUGCUAAUGAUGACAAGCACCUCCUUGCUUGCUGCUCCCUGGAUGGCAGCCUCUCCAUCAUGACAUUGUCCCCAUCUCCUCCCAGUGUGAAGGUGAUCCUGAAAGGUCACGGGGGUCCCGUCACGGACUUUGCUUGGUCUUUGAGUAAUGACAUCAUUGUGUCGACAUCACUAGAUGGGACUCUGCGUAUCUGGAACACGGAGGAUGGUCGGUGCAUCCGAGAGGUCAGAGAUCCAGAAUCCAGCGAGUUGCUCUGCUGCACUUUCCAGCCCAUGAACAACAACCUUACCGUGGUGGGAAACAGCAAGCACCACCUGCAGGUAGUGAACAUCUCCACUGGGAAGAAGGUGAAGGGGGGCUCCAGUAAGCUGACAGGCCGCGUGCUGUCCCUGUCCUUUGAUGCUCCAGGGAGAAUCCUUUGGGCUGGGGAUGACAGGGGGAGCAUUUUCUCCUUCCUCUUUGACAUGGCCACAGGGAAGCUGACCAAAGCCAAGCGUCUGGUGGUGAGUGAAGGCAGCUCCAUCUGCAGCAUAUCUGCUCGGUCCUGGAUUAGCCGAGAGGCCAGAGACCCCUCGCUGCUGAUCAACGCCUGUGUCAAUAAGCUGCUCCUGUACAGGGUGGUGGACAACGAUGGUACACUACAGCUGAAGAGGAGCUUCCCCAUCCAGCAUGGUUCCCAGCAUGUUCAUAGCAUCUUCUGCCCCCUCAUGUCUUUCAGACAGGGGGCCUGUGUGGUGACCGGCAGCGAGGAUGCCUGCGUCUACUUCUUCGACGUCGAACGCAACACCAAGGCGAUCGUGAACAAGUUGCAGGGUCACGGGGGACCAGUGCUGGACGUCAGCUUCAACUGUGACGAGAGUUUACUGGCAUCUGCCGAUUCCACCGGCAUGGUCAUCAUCUGGAGGCGGGAGCAAAAGUGACCGGUCCACCAAUACAUUGCUUCCAUCCAUAGAAAUGGCCCUGCCGACCCUUAACCGUCCAAUAACGAGUCUGUCGAUUUUCACUGGAGCGUAACGGGCUGCAUUAAACGUUUAACGAUAAGUCAAGUGCCAUCGGAUAGAAUACCAUGCUGUGUAGGUGGUAGGGAUGUUUUCAACAUACAAGGGAGUGCAGUGCGUGUGGGGGGAGGGGUUGGAUGUAUCUAUGUGUAUGUGUGUGUCAGUACUCCUACAGCUGCAAAAUAGUUUUUUAACAAAGAGCACUACGCCCAUGCAUGUGUCAUGGCUUACCUCUCUGACUUGUACGGAUAUAACUGAA